AUGGGUGUCAUGCUUCUCAUUGUGAUUCCAGCUACUUGCGAAGAAAGUGGAAGACCAUUCGGUGACCCAGCCUCAUGCACUUCCCAGGCUUUGGCCUACGCUUCACUCUCCAUGGGCAUAGGCGAUACGUUCUUUUGGUCAUAUGUCUACAACGUUGUGAGAUUAUCAAUGGGAUUUGAAGAAGAAAAGAUGAAGAUCAUCCAACAAGAAUCAUCAUCACCAAUGUCUAUAGAGGAAGGAACAAUAUCAACUCAUGAAAAUGACUCAGUUUGGUUUGAUACUAAAGUCUCAUUUUCUACUAAUGCUGAAAAUAUUCAAGAAACCUCAGGCAUCAAUGUUAGUGUGCCUUCAACAAAUAGCAAGGUCCAAUCAUUAAUGAAAAUGACAAAAUCACUCUCCGAGAGGCCAGCGGUCAUAGCAUUGAGGAGGUUGUUUACCCCAUCAAUAUUUGGAGCGAUUAUUGGACUUACAAUUGGGGUCGUUUCUCCUUUCCGAAGGGCACUAGUAGGUGAAAAUGCACCUCUUCGUUCCCUUCAAGGUGCCCUUAGUUUGUUGGGUGAUGGAGCUGUCCCUGCAACUACUUUAAUAAUUGGAGGAAAUCUUGUCAAAGGAUUUCAUAACUCCAAUAUCAAAAUUUCAGCUGCUGUUGGUGUGGUAAUUGUUCGAUUUCUUCUUUUGCCUUUGACGGGUGUUUGUAUAAUUAAAGGAGCAAUUCAUUUUGGCAUUCUUCACCCAGAUCCACUCUAUCAUUUUGUUUUGUUGGUGCAAUAUGCUCUUCCACCUGCAAUGAAUAUGGGUCGAUGGCAAUCCAUUGAGGGUGUAGUGAGUAAUAUCUUCCGGAUCGAGAGAGGCUCCUGCAGCGGCAAGAUUGUCAACCUUCUCCUUGACUUCGGAGAGGUAUUGAUUCAUGGAUUUGUUGAGCAUAUUGAGGUUCCGCAGUUCAUUCUUCAAGCGGAUGAUGCGGGAUUGGCACCGAAGGAAGCAGCGAAUGAAGCGGAUGUCAUGAGAUCCGGUGAUAUUAGAGCGAACCGGAGGAGGUUGUAG